AUGUUGCAACCCAAGAGCAGAGGUCCUAAAGCUACAAGUCUCACCCCCACAAAGAAAAAAUCCCUCCAGAAAAAGCCUUGAGAUGACCGAUUUUGGCUUGGUUCGCUUCCAUUAAAUGACUCAUCCCUUGACACAAGUUCAUUCAUAUCUGGAGAUGAAGGAAAAUCAUCAAAAGAGAUCAAAUCUCGCAAGCUUAUUCGGUUGCCUCAAUUGAGUUCUCGUCCUACAUCAAGCAGAGCUCGAAGUGUGGAAAGGACGCCUCAAAAUAAAUCAAUAAAUCAUCUAAUAGUAACUGAAGAGAUGCUUAAUGAAAUAAAAGAAAAUAUUGAAUGCGAAUGAAUUACAUGGGCAAUCCCUGAGCCUCAAAGAGAAGCAUUUAGAAAUAGUGUUUUCAAUUUGCCAAGAAAUAAAGCCUAUGCCAUUAUUAAUCGAGAAAUCGAUGACCUUCAAAAAAGCCGCUCAUUAGUCCAACUUGUGCUUAGGGCAAUUACAGCAAGAGAAGAGAGCUUAAAAAGUAUACAAGAAAUGAAUGAGUAUUUAUCAAAAGCUCCUGAUUGAGAUAAACUAAAAGAAGUUCAGCUUGAAUGUGCAGAGCUUCUUCAUGCUCAUAGGAUUUUGACUUUAAAUGUUGUUGAAAGCAUUGUAAAGUGAAGAGAGCAGCUUGUAUACGCAAUGCUGCUAAAUCAAACUGAUAGUUCUAAAAAAACCUUAAUACCUUUUAUAUGGGAAGGAAUCAAUUAUAUUGAAAAAAUGAGGCACGAUUUAGACUUUCUCUAUAGCUCAGAUUUUUCUAAAGUAUUUCUAUUCAGCGAAAAGCCAGACCCACUGCUAAAAACUCCAUCAAGAAUCCAAGGUGGAUCUCGGCACAAAUCAAGGAUAAAAGAUGGCUAUUUUAUGGAUGACGGAAAAGUUGUUAUUCCUUUGCCUAGCGCUUUAAUGAAAAGAGUAAGUAUCGCUGAAAUGGUGAUUUUAGAAAACACCAGCAGCGAAUGGGAAACUAUACAAAUCGACUCAACCCCAACCUCAAAAUCAUCAAGAGAAUUAUCUACUACAAGCAAUAAUAGGCUAAAACAAAGAAAACCUAAUGAAGAAGCUAGAAUGGCACAAAAUAUGUUGGAUUGUAUAAUUGAAGAAGAAGUAGAGAUUGAUGUGCAAGAAAUUGUGGUAAAAGUAAGAAAAGAAGAACAGCAGAGGGUCAAUAAUGAUGCCACCGCUAAAUAUGUAAUGGACGAAAUCCUGAAAAAGGAGAUUUUAGAGACUAUAAGAGAAAUUGCAGUUAGCACUUAUAGCCCACAGUUUAAUGCAAACAUGGAAAAAUACGUAGAAAAUAUGGCUAACAAAAUGAUAGAAUCAGAAGUCCUAAGAACAAUCGAUACAAUUGCUAACUCCCCCCUUUAAAUUGGAACAAAACAUAGGCAAAAUUUGCACUUUUGGGUACUUUUGGAACAAAAUUGGUUUUCAAUAGGAAAAACAUUAUCUAUGAAAAACACUAAUUUUUUAUAGAAUUAUAUUUGACCUAAUUUAAUAGACAAAAUGCAAGUAGAAUGCUAGUUAAACAGUUUGAAAGCUAAACCGUUUAAUUUUUUUAUUUAAUGCUUAAUUAAAAUUCAAAUUAUUGUGUUAUUUAUAUUUUUUUAAAAACAUAAUUAAAGUUGAAAAUAAAGUUUUUAUCGACCUAAUUUAAUAGACAAAAAUCAAAUAGAAGUGCUAUUUAAACAUUUUUUCACUGAAUCGAUUAAUUAUUUUAUCUAUCUUCAUAAAUAUAAAUUAAAAUUAAAAGUAUUGUGCUCAAUUUAUAUUUUUUAAUUUAAAUUGAACAGGAUUUUUUGUUCCAAUAUAAAGGGCGGAGUAAAGACGAGUUAAGAAAUGCCAAGGAGCAACUUAAAAAGGCAAAGGAAGACGAUAAACGGAAAAAAGGUGAAGAUAUUAAUUUGAAUAAAUAUUUUUUUGAAGUGAUUUUGGCGGAAGUUGUUAAAAGUAUGACCGAAUUUGAAGUGGAAAAUAUUUCAAAAGAAAUCAAAGAUAGAGCUGCUAAAAAGAAAAUGGAAAUUGAAAAGAAAAAAAUCGAGGAAGAGAAUACAACUUUUUCAAGACAAAUUUUUAUGAAUUUCUUAUAUGAAAUUGUGGGGGAAAUUGCGAAAGAAAUGUAUGAAAUUAAAGAAAAUGAAGAAAGAGAGAAAAAAGAGAUAGCUAAACCCCCUUUAAGAGCCAGAAAAGGGUUUUGGCUCACUAUUUAAAGGGGCAUUAAUUCUUUUUAAUUAAAAUUAUAUAUUAAAUUUAUUUUUUAGGUUUUAAAAAGAUACUAUAUUUAUUAGAUUUAUAUCUUAGAAUGCAAAGUUUUAUACAAUUUAAUACGUAAAAUAUACUUUAUCCAAUAUAAUAAAAUUUUGAUCGAAGCUAAAGGGGGUUAAUUUUCUCAAAAAGUAGGAUUUUCCAACGGUUUGCUCGUUCUCAAAGGGGAGUAGAAAAAUAAUGAAAACUUGGAGCUUGCGAAGCUGAUAUAUGAAAGUUUAUUUGAAAUUGCUAUAAAAAUCAGGCUAGAGGAGUUUUCAAAAGUAUCAAUAUAGCUCAUUUACCGAUAUAGAUUGUCAUAAUUGAAAAUGCAACCGUUCUAAUGGAUUUCAAUAUCUUGCAUAUCUAUCACUAUUUCGAGGUUUUAAAUAAGCAAGCAUUAAUUUCGAACUAGCUUAAUCUAGACUUAUAUGCAUGUUAAUUUAAAUAAAUAUAAAAAUGCCUCUAAUAAUUUGCAUGAUGCUUGGUAAAAUAAAGCCAAGGAAUAUUUUACAAUUAAAACAGCUCUUCUCUCAAUUAAACAUAAACAGUGGGAAUUUCGCAGUUAAAUUAUUUGGCCAAAUUUGGGGAAUAAAAAGAUACUAGUCAAAAAUGUUUAGCAAGUGUAAAAAUUUGAUAAGUACAAGUCAAGAGCUGUUAUAAUUAUAAAAUAUUCCUUGGCUUUAUUUUGCAAGCAUCAUGCAAUUAUUAGAACUAUUUUUAUAUUUAUUUAAAAAAAUGUAUAUAAAACUAGAUUAAGCUAGUUUGAAAUUAAUGAUUGCUUAUUUAAACCCUGAAUAUUUCUCGAAAUAGUGAUAGAUGUGCAAGAUAUGAAGUCCAUUAGAGAGGUCACAUUCUCAAUUAUGACAAUCUAUAUCCUUGCAUAAGCUAUAAAUGAAGUUAAAACGGAAUUAGAGAACGCAGAAAAGAGAAAAGCUGUAGAAUCUGAAAAGAAAAAGAAAAUGGAAGAAAUAUGCCAGCUUACAAAUAUUUUCAUAAAAGAUCUCACUUGUGAAGCUAUUUCAAUAAUGAUCCAAACUGAGCUAAAAUCUUGUGAAAAUGAAAGACUUGCAGAAUUAAUAUUUGAAGACUUCAUAACUCUCAGUGUGAAAACCCUAAAAGAAUCACAAGCAAAUGAAUCUUUAAUAGAAGAAAAAACUCUUCAAGCUUCAGAAAACGACACAAAGCUCCAAAACUCUAUAAUUGCUGACCAAAUUUAUGAAGAAAUGUACCGAGACAUAGAAUCUGACAUCCUGCCGCUCAUUAAAAAAGAAAUUGAUGAUAUGACUCAAAGAAAACUCCAAGAAGAAGAAAAGCUACAAAGCACCAAAGCAAGGCAACUUUUACAGUCACAAAUUGAAGAAAUGAUCCAAAGAAAUUUAAUUGAAACGGUAAUAGAUGAGCUAAAAGUGAAUAUUUUUGCAGAAAAUAUCAUAAAUGAAGAAAUUGAAGCAAAAAAAUUAUCAACUCAGAAUGAAACGGAAAGGAAAAAAAUUGAGGAAAAAGAAAAAGCGUUGGAAAAUGAAAAAAUUUGUAGUAUUUUGUAUGAUGAAAUUGUGAAUGAAUUUUUAAAAGAAGCUUGGGUUGGACAGCUGUCAGAAAAUAUGAUAGAAAAUGCAAAUAUGCUGGAAAGAAGAAGAACCACAGUAGUUCCGCAGCUAAUUUUUAGUGACUCAAUUGCAGUGGAGGUUAAAGAAGCUGAAGAUUACGCAAUUGAAAAUUUCACUCCAGGGAUGCAUAGUCCUAAUAUAUACUCAAUCUAUAUAUAUUAAAAUGGAGUGGCGAACAACCCACCCCUUAAUUCCUGAAGAUGGUAUCCCACAGGGUGCGCAGGGACAUUGAAGAAGGGAGGAUAGUGUUCGAGAAUGUGCAUCUGACCUGGUUUUUCUUGGUAAUGUCGGGUUGGCUGAUCGCAUGCUUUAAUUCAAUGCCAAGUUUUUUACCUCAAAUGGAAAUGGGUCCGGAAAGUGGAAAAGGGAUCUUCCAGUAGAACCAAUGGCAUUAGACUUCGCCAUCAGGACUAUUCGCCAGCGUGAAACCAGGAGUUAUGCCCUGGGCUACAUAUUUUCAUUUUGGCAUAGAGUUGACCAGAAAAUUCAACCCUUUUGUAUUUUUGAUCAUGAGCAAGAAACUCAUCCGACUAUCAGGUAGCAAAUGCAUGCCCUCAUCCGGCAGUAGCAGCUUUGCGAUGUCUUGGACAAGAACUGGCGAGCAAAUAUGGAAGUGCUAGGGUGGAGGUACACUUAUAGAAUUGCAGCUAGCUUCUCUAAACUUAAUAACUAAUGUAUAUUCAAUCCGAGAUAAUGAUAUUCCAGAAGAAGAAAAAUCAAUAUCUUCUGUGAGAAGUGGCAUUUUUGAAGACCUUGGGCUUGAUUUUGCAACUAUAGACUCCUUUAGAGACCUAGGCUCUUUAGAGUUCAAGCCUUUAAAUAUCCAAGAACACCUAAUCGGUCACGUUUUAAACGAAUAUUUCCGAUUUAUCCCAUCUUUAAUAAAAGCUGCAUUUCCUAACAUUGAACAGCUAAAACAAGAAGUCAUGAACGGAAUUGACGCAUGCUGAUACUGGGCUUUAAAAAAUGAAAAAAUCCUUGGACUCUUGAUAUAUUCUUUAGAUCCUUCAUAUAAAACAGGCAGGAAUUUAAUAAUUCACCACAUCUCGUGUUUACACGAAAAAUCGUACCCUCAAAUCAUAGAUUUAGCGACUACUUUUUUAUGAAAUAUAGACACCUGUGACGAAAUUAGGGUAAAUUUAUUUUCUGGGAUGGGAAAUGACAUCCCAAGCCAAAUUAAAAAAAUUUUUACAAAUUUGAAAUUUAAAUGGAAAACUCAUUCAUCAAUAGUGAAAUAUAAUGCAGAUUUGACGGUGAUGGGGAAGAUGAGGACCAAUAUUAAGCCAAAUGCUGAUGCAAGAAGCCAGAAUAGUGACCCAUUUGUGCUUAAAAGUUUUUGUAUAGUAGAGCCAAGCAAUGAAGAAGCGAAGUCUCAUGAUAUCACUUGUCCUGAAAUGAUACAGGUAGGAAAUCGACAGUGCCUAGUCAGUGCAAUUUUAAAUCUGUUUGGCCAGCUAGCUAAAAGUGGCAUUAAUUUGACAAUGGAGCCUAAAACAAGGCUGCAAAGAGACAUUUCUGACGUCUUAGAAAUCAUCAACUCUACCGACUCCUAUACCUUCCCUUUCAUAAAAUCCAGCUUUUUUUCUUCCCAGCCCUCAGCCCAAUCAUUUCUUCAAGAAAAUAAAAUUUCUCCAUCCUUAAUUUCUUCCUCAAAAUCCUCAAUUUCCAUUUUAGAGCUCAAUUUCAACUGAAUUUCCUGUACAAAUCUCAUAACUUCCUUAAAAUCCCAAAACUACAAAUUUAUCAGAUUUAAAUCAUCAGAAAUCAAGCACUGCAAAAACGCCGAUAAUUGUGAACUUUUUUGGGUUCCUACAGGCCAAGCAGGGAUUUCUGCAUUUUUUAUAGAUUUUGAAGGAAUAAAAGACGAGCUUUCAGCAGAUUUGAGAAGAAAUAAAACUGAUUUGUUUUAUAAGCUUGAAGAUUUAUUUCAGAGCAUGAAUUUAGCGAAAGAAGGAGUUAUUGAGUUGUGGGUCCCUGCGUUUAAGAAAAAAGUAAGUUGGGUAAUCCCGUGGAUCCAAGGGUAUGAAAUACCUGAGCAGCAUGGAGAAAAUGAGUCACAAUAUGUCAAAAAAUGUAUUGAGGAUGUAAAUAUUGAGAUUAAUGUGCCACCACCUGCACCAGGGAUACUUGAAGUAGGAAAAAUAAGGGGGAAAUUUUUUAAAAAUGAUUUUAUAUUUGGGCUGGUUAAUAGGAAUGGGGAUAAGAUCUUGGAUUUGCCUUUGAUUACAUGUCUUGUUGAGCAAAAUGACUGGACAUUAGCAUAA